AACUUUCUCUCCUGUUUUCUAAUCGUUCCUUUAAGGAAUCUGAAUUCUCGUUGGAGGAUAUUUCACUUCAAAGGAGUUGCACAGAUUUCGAGAGAUUUUAUCUGACUUACAAAGCUCAGGAAUUCUCAAUUCGGUGAGCAGAGGCCGGAAUGGCACUGACAUACCUGAGGCUCUACUUAUGCUUGAGCUUUAUGUUUGCCACUGGACUUGCAGAAUUAGUCAGCCACUCUUUUAUUGUUAAGUCUCUAACUGUGACAAAACUCUGCGGGACGCGUGAUAUUAUCACAGUGAACGACCAAUUUCCAGGCCCAACUCUUUAUGUUCACGAAGGGGACACUGUAGAAGUCAAAGUUUUUAAUUACGCUCAGUAUAAUUUGACCAUUCACUGGCAUGGAAUUCGGCAAAUGCGCACAGCGUGGGCUGAUGGGCCGGAGUUUAUAACCCAAUGCCCCAUUCGACCUGGAGGAAGUUACACCUACAGAUUCACCAUUACUGACCAAGAAGGGACCCUCUGGUGGCAUGCUCACAGCUCAUGGCUCAGGGCCACUGUUUAUGGAGCCCUAAUCAUUUAUCCAAAGGAGGGCAUAAAGUAUCCCUUUCUUGAACCGUGCCAUGAAGCACCGCCCAUCAUUCUAGGGGAAUGGUGGAACAGAAAUCCCAUCGAUGUUGUGAAUGAUGCAACGCGGACAGGAGCUGCACCAAAUGUAUCGGACGCUUUUACCAUCAACGGGCAACCGGGAGAUCUAUAUCAGUGCUCAAGCUUAGAGACUUAUACUCUUUCAGUGAAGCAAGGAAAUUCAUAUCUACUCCGCAUAAUCAACGCUGGACUGAAUACAGAACUCUUCGUGUCAAUAGCAAAUCAUGUAAUGUUAGUGGUGGCAGUGGAUGCUUCUUACACAAAACCCUUUGAAACAUGCGUCAUAAUGAUUGGUCCAGGCCAAACUACUGACGUUAUCCUGCUUGCAAACCAGCCCGUAGGAAAAUACUACAUCGCUGCCCAAGCAUAUGCAAGUGCACAGGGAGUUCCCUUCGAUAACACCACAACAACAGCCAUUAUUGAGUACGAAACACUAGAUCCCUUAAUCUUCUUCAAAUCUCCUGCAAUGCCUAAUCUCCCAGCUUUUAAUGAUACAGCAACUGCAACCAAAUUUUCAGUUGCGUUAAGAAGCUUGGCCUCUCUAGACCACCCUAUCAAUGUUCCUCAAAAUAUUGAUGAAAACCUCUUUUACACGGUAGGCGUGGGAUUGCUCAACUGCCCACCUUCUCAAACUUGUGGAGGCCCCAAUAAUACCAGAUUUGCAGCAAGUUUUAACAACAUUUCAUUUGUUCCCCCACAGACAGUAUCCCUGUUACAAGCUCACUAUUAUGGCCUCUUUGGAGUUUUCUCAAGAGACUUCCCAGAUAACCCACCUGUACAGUUUGAUUAUACUGCACAGAAUGUGAGUAGGAGCCUUUGGUCCCCAGUGAAAGACACUAAAGUUAAAGUUUUUAAAUAUAACACUGCAGUGCAGAUAAUUCUCCAGGGUACAAAUAUCUUUGCAGGGGAGAAUCAUCCUAUUCAUCUCCAUGGAUAUGAUUUUUACAUUGUGGGACAAGGUUUUGGGAACUAUAACCCUGUAUUAGACCCUCUCCACUUCAAUCUGAUUGAUCCUCCAAUGAGAAAUACUGUUUCUGUGCCAGUGAAUGGUUGGGCUGCGAUAAGAUUUGUGGCUGAUAAUCCAGGGAUGUGGUUGUUUCACUGUCAUCUAGACGUCCAUAUAACAUGGGGACUGGCCAUGGCUUUUCUGGUAGAAAAUGGGCCCCAUUAUUUAUCAAGUUUGGAGGCUCCUCCUGUUGACCUUCCAUUAUGUUAACUAAAGCAAAUAACAUGGAAAGUAUACAACGUUCUUGCUGAAGGUUGCUCACAAACUUUCUUCUUUCCAUACAACUCGUUAGAUUUGCUUUGAAUAAGAUCUUUUUAUCUUUGAUAUAUUGGGGGAUUUAGCUUUAAUUCACAUAUUGAGAAUUACUAUUUGGAGACACAUAUACUUUACCUUUUUCUAUAAAAAUAUUCGCAGUUUGUAUUUAGUUUGAGACAUUUUAUCUAAUUUCUUACCUCGUGAGGAGACCAGUGUAAUGCUCCUGAUACUAAUAUGUAACCGGAGUUGUUUCCUAAUGCGGACUUAAUAUGAAAUAUCAUUCCUAUGUGUGUUA